AUGGCCGCUACUUUUCUGUCUAACCUCCUGUCUUUACCAAAAAGACUUAAGACGCUGAAGAUCGGGUUUGACUGCUCACGCAGAAACGAGUCGUUUUCACGCAGUUUGGAUCGUCAAAACUUGCUCUGCGAUUUUGAUCAAAAGGCUCUAGUUUCGGCCCUGAUGUGCCAGAGGAACAGUCUAGAGAGUCUCACUUUGACGUGCAACAACAGACCUGUAAGCACGAACAAGUUCCAUUCGACAAUGCCGCUACGUCUUCCUAUGUUCAAUUUUGUUACACAACUUUCCAUACCACGACUCUGGCUGGUAAGAAACGGUCGUCAGGGAUUCAUUGACUGUCAUUAUCGACUACCUCUUAAUGUCAAGCUGCUCCAAGUGAUCAAUGGAGCUGGAUAUCGUAUGGACUACGGGCGGUGCGGGACAAAUGAAUGGCUUAUGCUUGUGCUGGAAAACAGACCAACAAAGUUGCGAAAUUUGGAAAAGGUGGUUAUCAUAAUGACCAAGAUGCCGAAGGGCACAAGAAGUGGAGAUGAAAAGCUGGAUAGUGCUUUGGCCUAUGAAGAUGAUACCAGCGACGAUGAGGAGGAAACGGAUCUCAAAACUUAUAUCCGACGAGCAGAAAGCACUCCGCUCAGGAGAUUACUGUGGGUAACUACGUGGACCCUAGCGAGAACGGUGGAUGUGAAGAUUAAGCUCAAGGUUCAGGAGAACAUAGAAGAUGAACCGGUUUGA